AGUCCCAGACCUCGUUCCCCGGCUGGAACACCGGAGCAGGGCAAACCCCCAAGCCCGCUCCCUAGUGGGAGCUGAGGACCAGAUUAAAUGGGCUGAUGGGCUGAAUGUGGCCGACGGGCUGUAGUUUGCCCACCCCUGUUCUAAAAGAAGCUUUGAGAGGAAAAUAAAGCUCUUAAAAUACAGUUGUUACAACGAAUUCUGUGCCAAUGGCCUCCACGCGUUCAGCGCAGUGACGGAAGGGACCGAGUGCAGAGCUUGAAGCCUGGGCUUCCUGCCUGGUUUGGGCAGGCGCCAGGAAUCAGUGGCAUAGCAUUCUGGGAGUUUCCACGGUGGGGGUGGUACUCAGGGCUCCUGCACAGCAGGGAUCUGGUCUCAGCUCAACCCGGGGGCUUCCUGUAUAGUAGGUGACUAAGCAGUGUGGUCUCUGGGGAAUUUCCUCGGCGAGAUUCGCAGCUGGGCAGUGGUAGUGCUGGAGCUGCUGUGCUGUCUGCCCCCAGAACGGCCUGCAGCUUCUUGGCUCUACCUGGGCAAGAGCAGCAGGGGCACGGGCUGUCCCUCUUCCUCCUUUGGGUCAUGCCCACAGCUGGCAAUGUCAUGCACCUGCUCUGCCUCCACUUCCCUCCUUAAGACAUGCUGCCUACAAGCAAUCAGCCGGCCCAGAGUCUUGGAGAGAGCUGAGUUUUAUUUAUUCAUGAAAGAGAAAACUUGGCAGUGAGUCCGAGCUGCUUGGUUGUGCACACGGCCUGUUGCUGCCAUGCGUAGCCACUGUUUCUUUUUCAUUACUCUCCUCCUCCCUCCGCUUGGUACGGUCACUUGAGUCAUGUGUGAAGUUCGGUUGUAAUCGUUUGGGGGCUGGGGCUGUGCUGUCUGGAUGGCACCCCAGGACUGUGAGCAGAGUCUGCGAGUGCCUUCCCAGGACAAGUUGCAGUGACCAGCCCAGGGGGGUGUAUGGAGCUGCUGUUUGUGGAGCAGGAGAUGUAUUACGUCCACACGGUUCCCCUCCCCAGCUUCCUUUGGUAGCAGGGGCUCUUCCCUGGAUGCGGGCCACUGACGUGACUGUCACUUUUCCUUCCUUCGCCCAGAUGAACCCGAGGUGGCUGGGGAGGUUCCCAGAACGGCUCCAAACCCGCCCCAAAUGACUGCACCUGCUGGACUGGCAGCUGUCAAGCCAACAGGUGGCUUAUGUUUGCUCGGUGCAUACGCAGACAGUGAUGAUGAGGAGGGAGAGGCACCUGAGAAAUCAGUGCCGUCCACAGAUGCAAACGGCAACAAUUCAACGGACAUUGACAGCACGCUGGCAAACUUUCUGGCGGAGAUUGAUGCCAUUACAGCUCCGCCCCAGCCUGCUGGAUCCACGGGUGCCUCCGCCGCGCCCCCGCCGACUCCGCCGCGCCCAGAGCCCAAGGAGUCUGCCUCGAGCCAUCCCUCGGCUACGGCGAACGGGACGGGCUCUGCCCAGCCGGCGGAGUGGCAAUAUGACACCCAGUGCUCGUUGGCAGGAGUGGGCGUGGAGAUGGGAGACUGGCAGGAGGUCUGGGAUGAAAACACUGGCUGCUACUAUUACUGGAACACGCGGACCAACGAGGUGACCUGGGAGCUGCCGCAGUACCUCGCCACCCAGGUCCAGGGGCUGCAGCGCUAUCAGCCCAGCUCUGUGGCAGGUGUUGACGGGAGUUUCCUGGUGGCUGCAGACCUGUACCCUCAGGAGAAAGGGGUCGCUGUUGCCAGCAUUAGCCGUGGGACUGUCCUACCCAAGCGAGAGGUGAAGAAGGAGGUGAAUGAAGGCGUCCAGGCCCUCUCGAGCAGCGAAGAGGAGAAGAAGGGGGUGGCGGCGUCCCUGCUGGCUCCGCUGGUCCCCGAGGUGGUGAAGGAGGAAGAGGAGCGCUGGAGGAGGAAGGUGAUCUGUAAGGAGGAGGUGGAGCCGGUGCCAGCGGAGGAGGUGGCCGCGGGGGAAGCGUCGGUGGCUGCUGACGAGCAGGACCCUUGCAGGGAUGCUCUGGAAGACCCUUCCCAGGAGGGUCUGUGCAGCGUGGUGCAGUCAGGGGAGAGCAGCGAGGAGGAGGAGGAGCAGGACACGCUGGAGUUGGAGAUGGUGUUGGAGAGGAAGAAGGCGGAGCUGCGAGCCUUGGAGGAGGGAGAUGGCAGCGUCUCGGGUUCCAGCCCGCUCUCAGACGGGAGCCAGUCAGCAUCUCUUGACACAGCGCCCAAGCCGGCGUCCAUGCAAGGGAAGUGGAAGCUUUUUGUCGGGGUUGCCAGCCCAGAGUCCACUAGCCGCGGCUCUAGCAAGACUGGCCGAGAGACUCCAGAAAUCAAGGAAGCAGCAGCGAGUGCAGAAGCAGCUGAGGAGACAUCAGACAAAGAGCUGGAGCCAGAGGAGGUCCAGGACAAAGUGAAAGCGCAGGGAGCGCCCAAAGCAGAAGAGGAGGAGCAGGACCUGAAGUUUCAGAUCGGAGAGCUGGCAAAUACCCUGACUAGUAAGCUGGAGUUCCUGGGCAUCAACAGACAAUCCAUGUCCAACUUCCACAUGCUGCUGUUGCAGACCGAGACCCGGAUUGCGGACUGGCGCGAAGGAGCUCUCAAUGGAAACUACCUCAAACGCAAACUGCAAGAUGCAGCCGAACAGCUAAAACAGUAUGAAAUAAACGCCACCCCUAAAGGCUGGUCCUGCCACUGGGACAGGGACCAUAGGCGCUAUUUCUAUGUUAACGAGCAGACAGGAGAGUCCCAGUGGGAGUUCCCGGAUGGUGAGGAGGAAGAGGACGGGCAGGCCCCGGACAGUAAAGCUGAGGCCGUUGCCAAGCCAGCUCCGAAGGAGAAAGCGGAGUCCGGUGGUGACUCCACGGUGGAGAACUCCACAGGUCCUCUCAGCAAAGAGCCCUUCUCCGGCCAAGUUCCUGCCACGUCCCUCGUGCCACUCACUCCGUUUUGGACUCUGCUUCAGUCUUCUGUCCCCGUGCUCCAGCCCCCUCUGCCCUUGGAGGUGCCCCCGCCUCCCCCACCUCCGCCAGAGUCACCCCCACCACCGCCGCCGCCACCACCGCCUCCCGGGGAGGACGGAGAGAUCCAGGAGGUGGAGAUGGAGGAUGAGGAAAGCGAGGAACCACCAGCCCCAGGAACAGAGGAAGAUGCUCCUCUGAAACCGCUUCUCCGCCCAGCUGUCACCAGCAGCCAGAGUAACUCCGAAGGCAGCGCCUCCGUCGCCCUCGCCGCUAAGCCGCAGAAGAGGAAAGCCGGUGAGAUGAGCACGGGGCUGGUGCAGCGAGCAGCGACCAUCGGCAGCUGUCCCGUUCUCUACAGCCAGCCCGUCAUGGCAGCCAGCCCUCAGCCCAUGGGGCUGAGUCUCCAACCGAGUUACCUGGGCGUGACCGCGCCAGCCAUCAUGAGCUAUUCGGAGUGUGCCGUGCCCACCGGGCUCGCGGCCACCAUGGCGCAGCCAGCCCCUGCACGAGGAGCCCUGCCUGUCAAGGGGGCCACGGAGCAGCCGCCUCCCCCUCCUCCGCCGCAGCCGCCACCUCCGCCUCCCCCAACCACCAAAGCACCGCCUCCCGAGAAACCUCGCAAGGGGAGGAGGGACAAGGGCAAGAAGGGGAAAGCGAAGAUGCCGUCGCUGGUGAAGAAGUGGCAGAGUAUCCAGCGGGAGCUGGACGAGGAAGAGAACUCCAGCUCCAGCGAGGAGGACCGGGAGCUCACCUCUCAGAAACGUAUUGAGGAGUGGAAGCAGCAGCAGCUAGUGAGUGGCAUGGCGGAGAGGAACGCCAAUUUCGAGGCCCUGCCGGAGGACUGGCGAGCGCGGCUCAAGCGGAGGAAAACCACUUCGAGCACAUGAGGCAUUGGCACUGUUUUUUGUUUUUUGUUUUUUUACCACGUGUACAGUUUAAAGCCUCUUACCGAUACGACUGUUGUCAAUAAAUUGUAACCGUUUGGGGCAUCCCGUUUCAGUUGAAUGGGCUGAUGCAGCGAUCCCCUAGCCUGGGACCUCUCCAGGGUGGGAGCCGGGAUGUGAAAGGCCUGUUAGGUAAUGGGCGGCCUUGACGGGCCUUGUGCUCGCCGUUCGGCUCCUCCUGGCACAGCGGGGGCACUGGGCAUGAAUAGUCCGUUUUGGGGUUGGGCUCUGGCAGCGACUGCACCAGGUGGACCCGCCCCCCGCACCACGCUUGGCCUGGCUGGUAGAGCCGAGUCGAGCUCAGAACCGUCGCCCUUCCCCUUGUGGCUUAAGGAGACCGGCUCUCUCGGACGCCUCCUGGCGUUGCCAUUCCCAGCGUCUCUGGCCCGAAGGUGCUGCAGCUCUGUCCCGCGCCGAGUAGAAACCCGUGAACGCACUUCCUCCGUCAGACCAGCCAGUGGCCCAGACGAGCCCUUCACUCGAUUCCAGGGCUGUCUGUGCAGGCCCUAGUGCAGUGACUAGACAAGUCCACCUUGCCUGGGCCAUGAAACCUUUGGUCGGCCCUUGGACACGUUUGCGGGCCAGCUGGGAGGUGGUGGGAGGCCAUGUGUUAGGAGCUGUUUGCUCUCUAGUUCUACCCUGUUCUAGGCCCCCACCUCCUUUCACUCCCCAUCAGUCCCCCCAUUUCAGCAAAAGUAGCUUUUGUCCCUGUUAAGCCCCCCCGCCCUCCCCCCUUUGGCUCAGAAUCAGGUAAAAGUCACUUUCUUCCCACGGAAGGGAAGGCAGCUCGGGUUUCCAGCCGUUUGUAUUUCUCCAGUUUUUGGCUUUGUAAAUUUGUACAUAGACAUGAAUAAAAUCCCUUUUUAUACUUCA